CCGGAAAUGAGGACUAAUAAAUAAUACAUUUUUAAAAUGAUAAUUUACACCGAGACUAAGAAGUUUAUUAACAGUGUCGCGUGAUGAUUACUGCUUUGAUUUUGUUGGCGCUUCACUGCCAAGCCAUUCAGGGUCUUUAUGACUCGGAGUGUCCCGGGAACUACUACGGAUCAGACUGCAGUAUAAGCUGUGGAAAAUGUGGCGGGAACGGAACAUGCUACAAAUCAAACGGAAUCUGUAAAACGGGUUGCCUAUCUGGGUACGCGGGUCUCUUGUGCCAAGACAAAUGCCCGGGUACAUGUGGAGGAGACGGGAGCUGUUCACCAACUACUUUGUUCUGUCGGGACGGGUGUAAAGCUGGGUACACGGGCCUGCUUUGCGGCUCGGAUGAUUCGAACACGACGAGUGUGAAAGAGUGUUCGAACUGUCUACAACCGUGUGGUCCUAACGGGUGUACUUACGGCUGUGUGACUGGGUUUUAUGGCUUGUACUGCAGCUUGAAAUGUGUUUGUCCGGUAGGGGUUCCUUGUCAACAAAACAGUGGGAGAUGUUUCACCCAAAGAGGGAAUUCCACUCCUACUGCGGCACCUGAUGUCAUAGUGACAACGUUAUCAACAUCGGUUGUAAUAGUAUGGUUACCGUUAGCUGUAACGAUUUCAAUCAUUUCAUUGGCGUUUGGAGUCUUUCUCAUCGGUUGCUGGCUGUACAAAAGACAAAAACACCAGGGCUAUCCAACAUACGAAGACCCGAUCAUGACAACCGGAGGUCUACCAUACAAUAGACCACAGGAGCCUGAACCUAACUCACACAGUUACCUAGAAAUUGAUGGCACCGCUUCUUCUCUCUAUGUGGAUGAGCUAGACAGCCCACAUUACGCAACCAUUGAAGAAUCUCGCCUGCAUAUAUCAACCAUUUCAGCAAACCCAUACUUGAACGAUUCCGAAUCUAUAUAAACAGCGUAAAAUUUUGUUCAAGAAUACAAUUUGUCAAUUACAUUUUGGAAAAGUUAAUUUAUUCAUCAGUUCGGAGACUCUGAUAGGAUAGACGACUUUUCUAUUUCGCCCGGCCCUUUUUUUUAAAAACACAUCUUAUCUGUUCUGGGACAGGCCCAAUAUUAACAAAUUCGGGUCGGGUUAAUGGUAACAAAAGGAAUUCCAUCUUAAAUAUCAAACUCUACAAAUCAGCAACAUGAAGGAAAUGGAUUCCAGUUCUUUACGUGUACCAGCUCGAAAAACCCUUCAAUACACGAUGAUUGUACAUGCAGUUCGUCACAGUUCGCCAAUACACAAUACGAUAUUUCCACCUAUGUAUUGAUGAUUCCAAUAUAUUUGUUUUAGAAGUAAAUCAUAGA